AUGUCUGCACCGAUGGACGACUCCUUCUACCCAAACGACAUGGACAACUACUCCCUCCAACAAUACGCCGACUUCUCCGACAAACCCCCUUAUGGCGGCGUGGAUCCACGUCUCCUCAGCUCCCACCAAAACACACCCAUACUCAGCAAAGAACAACGACUCUCACCCUUCGACUACACAAUCUUCAGCGGUCAUGCACACCUCAGCCCCACAUUCUUCGAACCAGAGCUGUCUCCCCAGUCUUACGAGCUCAUGCGCCAUCAAAUGCUUGGUCAUCGCCGCAGUGUCUCUGUGCCCCCUGAAGACUUGAUGCCUGAAUCCUUACAACCACCUCCAGCUAUGGUGUUCCACCGCGGCGGCACACCUCUGGGUGAUUCAAUGGGCGGCAGUAAGGUGAGCGGCAAUGCGAACAAGAAGUGGUUGAAGAAGGCUGCAGCAACUCAAAAGAGACAGAUGCAGAGGCAUUCGCCCUAUCCCACGGGAGGAGAGAGAAUGCAAGGCAGGAUAACCCUCGCUCAAGCUAUGUUCCCACAACAGCAGCAGACUCACUCUCUUGGACCUACGAGUGCCCCCCAGCAGAUGGCUUUGACGACUGAAGAUCAAAUCUCUCAGGCCGUGAUGCAGGGUUUUGAUAUGAGUUCUUUGUCUUCACCACAAUUUGUCGAGUUCAAUGCUGUUGAUGCUGGAGAUCGAAAGUUCAUUGUAUCCACCGAGUUGACUGAUGUUGACGCUUUGACUUUUGAUGCGAGGGGUGAUGCCGGCACUGCUGUACUGGGAAUGCUUGGUUUUGCAGAACGCCUCUCACAGGACUGUGCAGCCAUGCGUGAGUUUCUGGGAAGAGGCUUCAGGAUCGGCGAGGAAGACGAGAGUGAAAGUUUCCGUCAAGAAAAACGCGCGAUCAACCAUCAGGCAUCCACUCUUGAAGACGGCCUCGAGAUGCUUCCGUUGCCGGACGCCAAGACUGAACAAGAGGUUACAGUGCCUGUCACAGGUCAAGACAUUAGGAACCUAGAUGAUGACAAGACCGUCGCUUUGUUGGAGCUAUACUGCAUCCCGUUCACUGCAGACAUGUUUCUGCAUGACAAGAAGUUGGCUUACUUACGCUUCGUGGGCGCAAGUCGGGCACUCAUGCAUCUUGUGUUGGAUUGA